GUGUUCCUUUACAUUUUCUAAGAAUGCAACUAAAAUCCAAAACAACGUCUCGUGAUGAUAAAUAUCCAAGUUUCUUAACAUUUCUAACAACUUAUUUGGGUUUUUAUAUACUGAUAAUUGUCGGAUUGCUGAGUAGUUUUUUAUUUCCACGAAAAUUUAAAAAAGAAGUGAAUCGUCAUGGAUAUCCACCACUUUCCUACAACUUUUUCCAGUUGUACAGUCGUUAUGUGAUGCGAAGAGUUCAAGACGGGCAUAGUUUUGUUGUGUGCAGUUUACCAGGUGCGGAAAUUGUUCUAAAAGACCGAGAAACACUGGAUGAUGGCUGGACAUUGAAUUUUACUGGAACAACGACAAAAUGCAUAAACCUAGGUUCCUAUAAUUAUUUGGGAUUUGCUCAAAACGAAGGUGCAUGUUCGGAAGCAGCAAUUCAAGCAAUAAAAACCUAUGGAAUCUCAACUUGUUCAACUCGAACACAAUUUGGCACUUGUGCUUUACACUUAGAACUUGAAAAACUAACGGCUGAGUUUCUAGGCGUUGAAGAUGCGAUUACUUUCGGGAUGGGUUUUGCUACCAAUGUCUUAAGUUUGCCUGUUAUAUUAUCUAAAGGAUGUCUUGUUUUAAGUGACAGUAAAAAUCACUCUUCGCUAAUCCUAGGGAUUAAAUUAUCUGGAGCUACAGUCAGAGUAUUUGAUCAUAAUGAUGUUGAUCAUUUAGAAGCUCGUUUACAAGAAGCUAUUGUCUAUGGUCAAGGCGCAAAGAAUGAUUAUAUUCCCUGGAAGAAAAUAUUAAUAAUUGUAGAAGGAAUUUAUAGUAUGGAAGGUACCAUAGUCCGUUUGAAAGAAAUAAUAGCGUUGAAAAAGAAAUACAAAGCUUAUUUGUAUCUGGACGAAGCACAUUCGAUUGGAGCAAUGGGCAAAACCGGAAGAGGAGUUGUUGAGUAUUGUGGUUGUGAUCCUCGUGAUGUUGAUAUUCUUAUGGGGACGUUUACCAAGAGUUUUGCAGCUGCCGGUGGUUACAUAGCCGGAAAUAAAGACAUAAUUUCAUGUUUGAGAAAACACAGUUUUGCAUCGAAAUAUGCCACAGCAAUCUCACCACCAGUUUGCGCACAAAUAAUAUCAGUUUUAAAGAUACUUAUGGGACGAGAUGGGACUGACAUCGGCUGUCAACGGAUUGAAGCACUUGCUAGGAACACAAGAUAUUUCCGAACGCAAUUAAAUCAGAUUGGUGUUGUUGUUUAUGGUCAUGAUGAUUCACCAGUCGUUCCAAUUCUGACUUAUUCACACUCCAAAACACUAGCAACAGUUAGAAAAUUACUCAAACACAAAAUAGCAAUCGUUGGAGUUGUAUAUCCGGUUACUCCAUUGAUGCAAGCCAGAAUCCGCAUUUGUUUAUCCGCAGAUCAUACCAAAGAACAAUUGGACUAUGCAUUAAAACACAUUGAAGAAGUUUCCCAAGAAUUGGGACUCAUAUAUUGCAAAAAUAAAAACAUUUAAUGCAUUUUUAGAUUGUUGAUUUAUAGUGCAAUAAAAGGGAACUGGUUUUAAUGUGAAAACAAAUUAA